UUAAGCGCUACUUGUCAUUCGGUCACACUGCUAUUGAAACGAGUAUUAUUGUGUGUGAUAAGGAGGCAAAUUUCAUUAUUCUUUGUAAAAUUGCGUACCGAACUAUGCUCUUAACGAAUAAGCAGCGAAGAUAAUUCCAACCGAAAAAUGCAAAAACAAGAGGAGAUCACAACGCGCCUCAAAAAGAUCUUCGAUUUAUUUCUGCGCGACAACUUUUCGACAACCGACAGUGUUUACUUUGAAAAGCUCAUAACGCACUUGCAAGCAAAGGAGAAUGCCUUUGUACUGCAGGUGCCCUUCGUCACGGAUUGGGUGGACAAGUGUCUGACUCUAAUCAGCGCUGAUUUUCAUCGAGUACACCCCAAGGUGAUAUCGUUUAUGCUGAAUCUUAUCAGUUUCAUGACAUCUAAUGAGUGGAUGGUACUACGGCUGCGAGAGCUGGAUAUUAUGCAUAGGGUUGUGUUCUUUAUGCAGGCGCAGGAGCGCAACUUUAGUCCUUCGAUUAAAUUGAGCGGCAUACGCGUGAUGAAGGCCGUCACAAAAUAUAGCAUGGGUCUGGCGUUUCUGCGUAUGCAACGAACCUGGACGUUGCUCAUCCAUUACAGCAACAACGAGCAUACGUUGUAUGUGGUUCGAGAAGCUCGACAACUGCUUUACGAGAUGUUGUACAAAUUUUGCGACAAAAUGCAAGACGAGGCUGUUACCCUAGAAAUUUUAGCAGAGAUUAUGAAGCCCAUACACGAUAAUGUCUACAUAACUGAUAAUAUCAGUGAAAGUGCCAGCGGGGAGGAGGAACGCAUACAUGUUAGUGUGGAUGAUAAUGAGCUGUUGCACAAGAUCUCGUCAACUGUGGAUCUUCUAUGCUAUAUGCUUCAGCAGACACUGAUCAAUGAAGAGCGCUCGAAACUUGUUUCGUUGCUACGGGAGCAUCAUAAUAUAGAGUUAAACCUCUGGAAGCUCGUUGAAAUGACGCACAAUACUUAUUUCACAGAAAAGAUGCUCAGUACACUUUGUAGCUAUCAUUUUGCUACGCUGGUGCAUGAGAAAAUAUUGAAUCCCGAUUGUGUAGAGCCUCCGGAGCAGUUCACCGAGUUCGGACUGUCGUUUUUUAAUCUCAUGAAAUUCUGUAUACAACGCAACGAUGGCAUUAACUUUGUUAAAAUGGCAGAAUUGCAUCACAUACUUUGGAAGAAGCUGGGCGAUCGAGUGCCCAAGGAAAUCAUUAUACAGGAUGAACGUGUUUCAUUUGAGAAUCAAUUAAUUUGUUUUCAUAUGAUGCCGUUGCUUUUCUCGAUGAAGUUUGCCAUGAAAAUGGCCGAUGAGUCGAAAAGCGAAUUAUUCGAUACGUAUAUUAUGAAACUUUUGGAGAUGUCUUGCGAGCAAACGUUACGAUUGUGCUAUUCCUUAAGAGAUGCCUUCAUCACGCCUGAAGGACGCACUAAUUGCAACUUGUUUACGCCUGAAUUGGCAUGGAAAUGUGUGCACAGCAUUCUCUCAUUGGAGCAUAUACUAGAUCGGGAGCAGGCGGUCACUGUCUGCCAGGCUUUGCUGUAUGCCUUACGUGAAGUUGUGGCACUCAAUCAUGCCAGUCCUCAUACAGAGCCAGAGGAUUGCCAUAGUGCAAGUACAUCGAAUAACUAUUCAGAUAUAUAUCCACGUGGCUCGGAAGUCAUUAUCAAAGAUCCAAAAGUCUUACAUUCCGUUAUGGUUGGACUGCGCACGCUCAUUGAACGCUUUAAGAUCACGUGGAAAGAGUCUGUUGAGACAAUUGGUCUGGUUAACUGCUUGGCAUUUGUGUUAGAGAACUGUAACAUGGAUCCAACCUGUACCGUACAGGCUCUGAAGCUCGUGCAAUUGUCUGUGGAGCAUUUUCUGUCCCCCAAUAUGGCACUGCUUGUGGAUAACCUACAGGGUUCGGCAUUGGUUUGCCUGGGUCCGAUUAUUGUCAAACGAAUGCACGAUACCGCCUGGGAAGUUCGCGACUCUGCAUUGGAGUUGACCACAUCUAUUGCCUGCAUCUCUCGCAUAAAGUUUCCCGCAUUCCAACAAUUUCUUAUUGACGGCAAAAUGCCAACAAUUGUUUAUGAAAUGGCUAAGCAUGAUAGUGAGCCAUAUGUGCGUGCCUCUGCGUACAAAUGUCUGUCGAAAAUGGUACCGAUCAAUUCGCUAUGGGAGAACGGACUUAGCCAAUUGGAUAUGGUGGAUCAUUUGCUUUAUGUACUUUAUCGCGAAAAUGAGGAUAUUGUGCGCUCCGAGGCCAUAUUAACGCUGUGCAAGAUCUAUGAUCAUCGCAAGAUACCCAGCAAAUAUAAGAACACAUUAUUUUCAACGCUCAACUAUUGUGUAGUCGGCGAUCAUCAUUGGGAAGUAAAGGUGAAUGCACUUUGCUUUUGGCGCAUGGAAUUUAAUCGUCAACUAAACAAUCAGGGCAUGAUUGAUGGCGCCUUUCCCACCGUUACCUUUUCCAAGGAGCACAAAAAGAUUGUUACACUGACCACACGCGAGAUUAAGCUGCGUGUGGCUAAAGUUUUGGCUGAAGUACAGCAAUAUGGUUACUAUGGCAUAAUACUAAAGUGUCUUCACGAGGAAUAUGCCAAAGAGGUGCUAAAUAUAAUUGUGACUGGCAUCAAAGCGAUGAAUGAUAAGCUGAAUGAAUAUGAUUUUGAGAUCAUUUUAAAUGAUAUUGAAACCCUAACCCAGCCAGUAAGCACUGCCAGUUCGAACGCUUCAUUAACAAUCGAAGAGCCGAUGUCAAUUGAGCCAAGUGUGGAUGAGGCUGAGCUAAGUGCAAAUGCUGACCAAGCAGACGAUAUUAUCGAAUCUAUAUUAAAUGCACAGGAUAUGCAACUUUUGGAGAAUACAUUUAAAAAGCAAAUGCAUUUUGAUAAUGUGGAUACCUCGAAACGUCAUAUCGAUGAGUUCUAUUAUAAGCAGUUUGCAGUUUCUGUGCGCGAAUGGAAACAGGAAAUUAGUAAAUUUGAUUUGGAUAAGCUAGUCAAACAACAGGAAGAGUGGUUUGACUGCACCGAUAAUUUGGUUUGUCUUUUGGAUGACAUACUGAAUGCUAUUAAACGUGAUGAUAAUAUGAUAUCUGAUUGCUAUUGAUUCAGACAAAGUGUUCAAAUGUUAAUCUAUUUAAGC